GGGGCCGGGGCUGGCCGAGGAUUGAUGUCCGCGGGAGGUGAAGCUGGCAGCAGGGCGGACACUCCCUUUCCGCGGGCCGGGGCGGGCGGGGAGGGCUGUGGGGCCGCUGGAUGCUGAUCCCUCGCCUCGCCGUUAUCUCCGCCACCGCGGGAGGAGCCCGGCACCGAGGAGAUCCCGUCGGAGCCCAGCCGGCUCCUCCGCCGCCGCCUCGCCGCCGCGGGCAGGGGAAGAGCCCUGCGUGGCCGCGGGCAGGACCAUGCCCCGCCAGCCGCUCUCAGGGACCGUGCUGCUGGCAGCCGCCCUCCUGCUCGCAGGAUCUAGUUCGGGAUCAAAAUUAAAAGUUCCUGAGCUGAGCAUAAAUGGCACACAGCAUGUUGUUCAAGCAGGCCAGACUUUAAAUCUCACAUGCAGGGGGGAAAUGGUUCAUUCAUGGUCUUUGCCUGAAACUCUAAGUAAGGACAGCAAAAGGCUGAAAGUAAUUAAGUAUGCCUGUGGAAGGAAUGGGAAGCAGUCCUGCAGCAGUCUGACCUUGAGCAGAACUCAAGCAAGUGACACUGGAAACUAUAGCUGCAAAUACCCAACAAGUGCAGCGAAAAAGAAGAAGGAAUCUACAGUCUACGUAUUUAUUAAUGAUACAGGCAAUCCAUUUGUAGAGAUGAACAUUGAUAUACCUAAAAUAAUACACAUGACUGUGGGAAGAGAGAUGAUCAUUCCAUGCAGAGUCACAGCACCAAACAUUGCUGUCACUUUAAAAAAGAUUCCUGGAGAAGCCCUAAUUCCUGAUGGCAAGACGAUAAUCUGGGACAGCACGAAAGGCUUCAGAAUACCUAAGGCAACCUACAGAUUCAUAGGGCUCCUGAGCUGUGAGACAACCAUUGCUGGGCACAAGUAUAGCACAAAGUACCUAACUCACCGAGAAACCAACACAAUUUUUGAUGUUCAGUUGAGCACCCCACGCCUUGUCAAGUUGCUGAAGGGAGACAGCCUGGCAAUUAACUGCACUGUCACGGCAGCCUGGAACACCCGUGUGCAGAUGACGUGGACUUACCCCGGACAGACAAAGAAGAGAGGCUCCAUAACACAGCGCAUUGACCGGAAGAAUACAGAAGCCAAUAUUUUUUACAGUAUUCUAGUUGUUGACAGAGUGCGUGAUAUUGAUAAAGGCCAGUAUGCCUGCCACGUGAAGAGCGGGCCCUCAAUCAAAUCAGUUAACACAACAGUCCUCGUUUACGAUAAAAUGUUCAUUAAUUUGAAACGUCGAAGAAAAACUGCGCUGGAGGCUGUAGCAGGAAGAAAGUCCUAUCGUCUGUCAAUGAAAGUGAAGGCAUUUCCCUCCCCAGAGGUUAUAUGGUUAAAAGAUGGGCUACCUGCUGCUGAAAAGUGUGCCCGGUACAUGGUUAAAGACUAUUCAUUAAUAAUCAAAGAUGUUGCUGAGGAAGAUGCUGGAAACUACACUAUAAUAUUGAGCAUACGACAGUGGAACUUGUCUAAGAAUCUUACAGUCACUCUUAAAGUAAAUGUGAAACCCCAGAUAUAUGAAAAUGCUGUAUCAUCAUUCCCUGAUCCCAAUCUGUAUUCACUGGGCAGCAAACAAGUGCUGACAUGCACUGUGUAUGGUGUUCCUCAGCCAAAAAUUACAUGGAUGUGGUACCCCUGCAGACAAAACCAUUCCAAAACAAGGCAUGGUUUUUGCUCUUAUACUGAAGGAUCUUUCAACGUGAAAGCUGGCAGCCACAUAGGAAACAGGAUCCAGAGCAUCACUGAGCGAACAGCUAUUAUAGAAGGCAAAAAUAAGACUGCCAGCACUCUCGUAGUAGCUGAAGCCAAAUCUUCUGGAAUCUACAGCUGCGUGGCAUCCAACAAAGUGGGAAAAGCUGAAAGAAAUGUCAGCUUUAUUGUAACAGAUGUACCGAGUGGAUUCCACAUAAAUUUGGAAAAAAUGCCCAUUGAAGGAGAGAAUUUGGUAUUGUCCUGUUCGGCCAACAAAUUCCUGUACAAAGACAUCGCUUGGAUUUUACCGAGGACAGUCAACAACCAAACAAAAGCAAGAAGGGCCCUCAACAAGGAAUACUCCAUCACCCUCACUCUGACCAUCAAGAAUGUUUCCCUGGCACACUCAGGCACCUAUGUCUGCCGAGCAAGGAACAUAUACACGGGGAAAGAAGUGCUUCAAAAGAAAGACGUUACAAUCAGAGCUCAAGAGGCACCAGCCCUGCUGCGGCAGCUCAUGGAUCAGACGGUGAACACCAGUAACUCUGCCAUGUUGGAGUGCCAGGUUCGUGGCAUCCCUGAGCCCCAGAUAACCUGGCUUAAAAACCAUGAGGAAAUACACCAAGAAUCAGGAAUAAUUUUAGGGCCCGGAAGCCGAAUGUUGUUUAUUGAAAGAGUAAAAGAGGAGGAUGAAGGACUUUACCAGUGCAUAGCCACCAACCUGAAAGGGUCUGUGGAGAGCUCAGCGUAUGUCACAGUACAAGGCACACCAGAGAGGUCGAACCUGGAGCUGAUAACCCUGACCUGUACCUGUGUGGCUGCGACGCUCUUUUGGCUCCUGCUGACCCUCUUCAUACGCAAACUGAAGAGGCCUUACUCUUCCGAGACGAAGACCAACCAUUACCUGUCCAUCAUCAUGGAUCCGGACGAAGUGCCCUUAGAUGAGCAAUGUGAACGCCUGCCUUAUGAUGCCAGCAAGUGGGAGAUUGCACGGGAAAGGCUGAAACUAGGAAAGUCACUUGGACACGGAGCCUUUGGAAAGGUGGUACAAGCAUCUGCUUUUGGAAUUAAGAAAUCACCAACGUGCAGAAUAGUAGCUGUGAAAAUGCUGAAAGAAGGGGCCACAGCAAGUGAGUACAAAGCACUGAUGACUGAGCUGAAAAUCCUGAUCCACAUCGGCCAUCAUCUCAAUAUUGUGAAUUUGUUGGGAGCAUGCACAAAAAAUGGAGGACCUCUGAUGGUGAUUGUUGAAUACUGCAAGUAUGGGAAUUUAUCAAACUAUCUGAAGAGCAAGAGGAAUUUUUUCUGCCCCAGCAAGGACUCCUCUCUGCAAGAGGAGCUGAUGAAAGAAAAAAAGGAUAUGGAGCCAGUGGAAAGCAAAAAACAAAGGCUGGCCAGUGUGACCAGCAGUGAGAGCUUCGCAAGCUCGGGGUUUCAGGAAGAUAAAAGUCUGAGUGAUGUGGAGGAGGACGAGGAGGAUGCUGACGAGCUCUACAAGUUGCCCCUCACUAUGGAGGACUUGAUCUCGUACAGCUUCCAGGUGGCUAGGGGCAUGGAGUUCCUCUCCUCCAGAAAGUGCAUUCAUCGUGACCUGGCAGCCAGAAACAUCCUUUUAUCUGAGAACAAUGUAGUGAAGAUCUGUGACUUUGGCCUCGCAAGAGAUAUUUAUAAGAAUCCUGAUUAUGUGAGAAAAGGAGAUGCUCGACUUCCUCUCAAGUGGAUGGCUCCAGAAUCCAUAUUUGAUAAAAUCUACAACACCAAAAGCGACGUGUGGUCCUAUGGGGUCUUGCUGUGGGAGAUAUUUUCCUUGGGUGCCUCUCCAUACCCUGGAGUCCAAAUAGAUGAGGACUUCUGCAGCAGACUAAAGGAAGGCACAAGGAUGCGGGCCCCAGAGCAAGCCACCGAGGAGAUCUACCAAAUCAUGAUGGACUGCUGGAGGAGCAACCCUAAUGAGAGGCCAAGGUUCUCCGAGCUGGUGAAAAAGCUGGGUGACCUGCUGCAAGCAAACGUGCAACAGGAGGGCAAGGACUACAUACCCCUCGAUACCAUAUUUACAACCAACAGUGGGUUUCCCCCUGCAACUGACCCUUUGUGCAAUGAGAAGUUUCCUGUAGUGAGCCCAAAUUGCAGAAGCACUGAAAAUGUCAGAUAUAUAAACACCUUCAAAAUAAAACCACCCCAGCGUAUAAAGACAUUUGAAGAGCUUCCCAUCAAGGAAAAGGUUGUAUUUAAUGACUACCAAGCAGACAGUGGGAUGGUGCUGCCCUCAGAAGAACUGAAACGCUUCACUUGGACAGGCAGCAAGCAGAAGCGGACACUCUUUGGCGUGAAAGGUGCCAGCAGGAGCAAGGAGUCCGUGCUUUCUGGGAUGACAAAGCCGAGAAGCUUCUGCAGUUUCAGUUGUGACCAACUCAGUGACCCCAAGCAAAGAUACACUUACGGCAAUGCAGUGCUGGAGAAAAUGAAGGCAUGCCACUCUCCCCCUCCUGACUACAACUCAGUGGUCCAUUACUCUCAGCCACCUGUUUAAGUCAUCUGGGCCAGGAUUUAAUAUGCAUUUAAUGCAAACAGGUUUUUCUAAAAACAAUGUCAGUUUAAAAAAUUAUCCUGAAGUUUAAGAAGUUAUCAUUGGCUUAAUCUCAAAUGAUCUGCAUUUCUACAGACUGCAACAAGCAUAUACAAAACAUAGCAUAAUACUAAUGCUUAGGCCUUGACUUUCCCACUGCUGAACUCCAAAAGCUGUCAGUAAAAUUAAUUGCACAAUGCUUUUGAAAACCAUAAUUGUCAUAAUUACCAAAACAGUUCACCAUUCAGUCCCUGGCAGCAGGAUGGUAGGUGAUGCUGCACCAACCCAGACUCUGGCACACAGCACUGGGGUCCUGGUCAGGAGAGGCAGCUGGGACAAGCCCAUAGCGUAAGGCACCUUGGAACUGGUGCUGUAUUGCUUGGGCCUAUGGUGAGGCUACCUGUGUAGCGCUGAAAAAUGAAGGAGGCUCUGAGAAGAGGAAAACAACAGAACAGACCACACUGUACAGUUUUUAGUGAAAAUUCUGCCUUGAAAAACUUUGGUGGAAGGGUAGUCAGGGAUGAGGCACUACCCAGCUGCCUAGAUGCUGCUUUGGAUGGCAAAAGACAUAGGGAGUUCUGUGAGGCAAGAGUUUCGAGCACAUCUUGCAAAACACAACUUGCAAGGAUACAAAAGAACUUGGGUCAGAGUCGGUGCUGCCAUAACAGGGAAUGCAGAUCAAUUCCCUUUGGUCAAGGCUGCUGCAAUCAGGUCAAUGGUCUUGAAGAUUUGCACUUUGUCAAUACGCCAACAUACACACACUGGAAACAAACAAGCUAGAUAUGUUAAAGCCAAGCUCCGUCCAUGAAACUUCGUGGACUUUCUAACACUGCACUGAUUAUAUUCUAUUUAUGGGAAUCUGUCCAAAAGGACAGUAUGGCUAUUAAACUGCAUAUAUUUUAAACAAAGUAUUGAUUAAUAGAGCGUGUGAAGGGAAUACUUAGAAAUAGCAUGGCAAUCUCUUUGGAAAGUUUGGGCAGUUGAACUUCUAGGUUAGUUAACAGUAUGUAUGUACGUACAGGAAUAAAAACGUAUCAUUGAUUUGCAACAGACUUUGUAUAGCAUCUCAGAAAGGACACGAAUGCUCUCUGUUUGAGAUGUGUGGGGGGUGCAUUAUCCCCUUGUCAUCUUUAAAUACAAUAUUAAGGAGGAUUUGGCCAUUUAACAUAACAGUACUGAUGUCUUCUGAAUCAGCUACUGCCCAACCUGUUUUUUGUGGUCCACUAUAAAUAUACAUAUAUUACAAUGCUACAUAUAUGGAUUGACCUCUUAAAACUCAGUUUAGGAACUGUGAAUUUAACCCACUAACAGACAGAGGGAAAUGAGCUUUUGCAUAUUUACAAAGAAAAAUGAUCUUGUAUAUGCAAGUAAAAUAUGUACUGCUACUUAUAAGCUAAAUAUCAAUUCUAGAUCUUCCUUCCCAAGAGAUCACCAGUUUUAAACACACCAUAUUGCACUGUCUCUUGCUGGUAAAGUAUAUUUGAUUUUGAUCAAAACAAAUGGAAUUGGAGAGAACUGUUUCUUAGUUCCAUUUCAGCAAUAGUCAUUAUGGGAUAAUGCAUCUCUGAAAGGAAGUGUUUGCACAAUGUAAAUAUAUAAAUAUGCUUUUUGUGCAUAAAUAUUUAAGAAAACUGGACUACACAGAUUACUUUUAUAUGAACCCCCUAAGUUUCUUUGGAUGUGAAUAACUCCUUUUAUCUUGCAUUUUCUCUUUAUAUAAUGCAUUUGACUACUAAACUCAUACAAUAAAGUUUGCUUUUUGAA